CUGAGCUUCGAAGGUAUUAUUAACAGGUAAGGCAAAUUUUGAACUUACUCAACUUUGAGGUUAUUAUUGUGCAUGUGCAUGUUUCUGUUAGAAUAAAUGGCGUACGUUGGUAUCGAAUUUGAAAGCGAUGGCGAAAAUGAUGCGGGGGAGAUCGCGAUUGUAAAUAAAGUUUGGCUCACGCCAAUGAAACGGAGAGUUCAUUGGCCGUCCUAUAGUCAACCCACAAAAUUUGAAAGUGCACUACGCAGUGGAGAGGAACCUGGCGAUACCUGGAUGUUAUACCCGGUUAAGAGGAUCUUUUUUGAAACAGACAAUCUUCUUAAAGCACGACAGAAAUUGAAAACUGCCGAAGUUACCUCCGAUGUGCAGUCGGACACUGAAUUCAGUGAAAAACGUAAAAGAGUUCCGCCUCCACGACUGUCUUACGAUAGCGAAGAGGAGAGCGUUGCAACAUUACCUCGGCCUCCAAGAUUUUCGCUGGAUAAAGUUAAUCAACAAAGUUCAAGACAAAGUUACUCACAACCAGAACCUCGGAGUAGUCCAUCCACCCAUGUCAAUAAGAAAAAUUGUUUCCGAACAAUACCCUCUAGUCCAUCAUCAUGUGCUGAUGCCAUCCCCUCUAGUCCAUCAUCAUGUGCUGAUGCCAUCAACAGACAAAGACUUCCAACAAGAUCCCCACUUGCGGUACGUGGCGAAGAACGUGAAAAUUUAGAUUCUAAGGUAGUCGUACCCUUACUAUUACAUAUCAAGGAACAGAAUAACCAAAUUCUGUCAUGGAUAAAAAAACAAAGUAAUACAACCGUUGUUCAUGGCACUUUACCCGAUGAUAUUCCUGUAAAAUUUCCUUUAUGCUCAAUUGAUUCAUUAACCGUAUUAGAAUCAUAUUUGAUGGAUGAUGGACAUUUAGCAGAAUUGGCAGCAUAUUUCUCGUCAUUAGGCGGACGUGACAUUGGAUCUAAAACGAACAUUAUUUUAAAAAAUAUUUUCAACAAUGAGCUUGCCCAGCUGUAUAGUUUCUAUGGGUCAAGGGGAAAUAAAAAGGCAUUCAACGAUUUGCGUGUAAAAACCGUUAUUAUUCGGGCUGUUCAAUUAACGACUUCCAACACAACAGCUGAAGAAAUUUCUGCCCAUAUAAAGGUUUGGCUAAAACAUGCCCCGCAACGACUUUCCAAUUCCCUACAACCUAAGAAGAACUGUAACCAAGGAAUUUAGAUAAGUGCAAUUACUUUAAUCAUAGUUCUUUUUUUUUAUAUAUUUUACUUUUGUUAUUAAUGUGUACCAUGUCGCAGAGAAGUUCCUAUAAAACUAAAGAAAUUGUAGGCACACGACAAAUAUAUAGAAGAGUCCAGAAAGCCUUACAGAGGCUAAAUGAAAAUAAAGAAACUAUUUGUCCUGUUAAUCGUAAUAACUUGGCAAACACAAAUAUCAUAGAACAUAGUCCGCUAAAUCUUUUGCAUGAUAGAAGUGAUGAAAAUGAUUCUUCCAGUAUCUGUUCUCAGUCUUCUCAAAAUUGUGAUAUACAAAUUUGUCCACCUAUUGAAAUUGAGUUAAUUUCUGAAAAUAUUGACGAGCACAUGGAAAGUACGCCACCUGAAACUUUAUGUACCAAUCCUAACGAAAACGAUGACAACUUGGCAAUUAAGCUGCGGUCAUGGGCCACAGUUGGCAAAGUGCCUCAUUCAAGUGUUACAUCUCUUUUAGGCAUUUUACAUCCAUUACAUCCUCAAUUGCCAUUAUGUAGUAAAACCUUGUUAAAAACGCCUGUAACUCUUAAUACUCUGCCAUUAGAUACUGGUGAAUAUUAUCAUUUUGGAUUGACAAAAACAUUACAUAAUUUAAUACUAGAUGGUGCUAGAUUUGACAACAAUACUAUUUUACUAUCAUUUAAUAUAGACGGACUCCCACUGUAUCGAAGCACAAAUACACAAAUUUGGCCCAUUUUAUGUUUAACUAAAAGUAGUAGUAGCAUAAUUUCACCAUUCCCUAUAGGAAUUUUUCUCGGCGAUUCUAAACCUAAACCGCUAGACACAUAUUUGAAGAACUUUAUUGAGGAGCUUUCAUUGUUAAUUACAAAUGGAUUAAAUUUAUUUGAUGUGACUUAUAAAAUCAAAAUUCACAGUUUUAUUUGUGAUGCUCCUGCGCGAGCAUUUAUAAAGUGCAUAAAAUCUCACGGUGGCUACUCAUGUUGUGAACGAUGUAUGGAAAGUGGAGAUUAUGUGAAUGGAAAAGUUGUUUACAAAGGAAUAAAUGCAACACGCAGAACAGACAAAUCGUUUGUUUUACAAAGUGAUGAAGAUCAUCAUUUAGGGAUGUCUCCACUACUAAAACUUUCUGUUGGUAUGGUGUCACAAUUUCCGAUAGACUAUUUACACAAUAUCUGCUUAGGUGUAAUGAGAAAGUUAUUACACACAUGGAUAAGUGGCAAUUUAAAGGUUCGCUUAAAUUCUCAAUUAGUUACUACUUUAUCUCAAAAGCUAAUUCUCAUAAAACUGCAUAUUCCAACAGAAAUAAACAGGAAACCUAGGAGUUUAUCGGACCUAUCAAGAUGGAAAGGAACUGAAUUUCGAUCAUUCUUGCUUUAUUAUGGACCACUAAUAUUGGCAAAUACUAUUGACUUAGGUGCAUAUGAACAUUUUCUUUUGCUCCAUGUUGCUAUAUCUAUAGCCGUGUCUCCAUAUCUCCUUGCAAUACAUAAUUCCACCGUUGUUUCAGAACUUUUGAACAUGUUUGUAAAACAUGUUGAGCAGAUAUAUGGCAUAGAAUAUUAUGUCUAUAAUGUACAUUAUCUUUCACAUGUGUCCGACGAUAUUCAGUCUUAUGGUUGUUUAGAUAAUUACUCCGCAUUCCCAUUUGAGAAUUAUCUAGGUCAACUUAAACAGUUAGUAAGAACCCCGAACAGACCACUAGCUCAACUUUGUAGGCGUUUACAUGAAAUGUCAUUCAAUAAUAUUUCUAAACCUAUUGUUAACCCUGAUAUUGUAUAUAAAUUUGAACAUUUUAACGGUCCUCUCCCCCCUACAUCUGUUAUUAACGAUAAUUACAGACAAUAUAAAAAAAUACAUUGGAAAGAUAUAACAAUUUCUGUUAAAUCACACUCCAUCGCUGAUUGUUAUUGCUUAACAAAGCAGAAAACAGUUGUACAAAUAGAAAAUAUUUUAGCAUGCAUCAAUCGAAAGAAUACUUUUUUUAUUGUUAGUGAAUUUGAAGAAUAUGAUUCACUGUAUCACUAUCCCAUUAAUUCAAAACAGUUGUAUAUAUACAAAAUGAAAAAUUUGUCGACCAAUAUGAAAAUAAUUUCUCAUAUUGACAUACAAGCAAAGUGCAUUGUCAUUCCAUCAUUUGCAGCCGAUUACUGGGUAUCAUUUCCAUUACUUCAUUCGUAUUUCCUGUGACACUGUACACAUUUUAUACAUUUUGAUUAUACAUUGUAUUGAAUUUUUUUUAAAUAAAUUUUUUCAUGCCUAA